CCUGUUGUGUGUGUGUGUUGUGUGUGUGUGUUGUGUGUGUGUUGUGUAUAUGCUCCACAACAUCCUGGCCCCUGAGUGGGAUAAGAGCGGUGCUCUCGAGCAGUGCAGGAUGGUUCUGCAGGCUGUAGGCAAAGCACUGGGUUACAAGAAAAGGAAGACUGCCAAAUCAAAGCUGGACGAGAAGCCUCCGUGCCCGGAGGAGAAGAAGCUGUACAUGGAGGUGGAGUAUACGGCAGCACGUGUCUCCGAUGUGGACCUGCCGCUGCUCGUGGCACUGCCCAGCGAGAUCGACCAGAACGAAUGGCUCGCCAACAACACAAUGACGUUCUUCAACCACAUAAACCUGCAGUACAGCGCCAUCUCAGAGUUCUGCACGGCGGAGACAUGUCCCGUGAUGACUGCGUGUAACACUCAGUACUUCUGGACGGACGAGCGAGGGAAGAAGAUUAAGUGCACCGCCCCACAGUACAUCGACCUGGUGAUGACGCACAUCCAGAAACUGUUGACCGACGAGGAAAUCUUCCCCACUAAAUAUGGAAAGGCAUUUCCGAGCUCCUUCGACACGCUGGUUCAGAAGAUCAGCCGCUUCCUGUUCCACGUCCUGGCUCACAUCUACUGCGCCCACUUCAAGGAGGUGGUUGCCCUCGAACUCUACCCGCACCUCAACACCUUGUACGCCCACUUCCUCACCUUCGUCCGGCAGUUCAGCCUCAUCGACCCCAAGGAGACGGCCAUCAUGAGGGACUUGACGGACAUUCUGCUCAACAGCCCGCCCAUCCCGCAGAACAAUCUGAACCACAGAUGAGCUUUGGGCACCCCCUCCCACCCCCUUUUCCUCCAUCCCUGCUCCUCCCCUACCCCCUGCGCCCCCAAGACCCCGUUCCCCCACCCCAUAGAAUUAUUUUCUUAGUGGAAAGAAUGAAACCCGUUGACCCCCGCCACCAUGAGUGACACUCCAACCAAACCAAUGAUUCCAAGUAGCCCUCAUCGGUGAUUUCGACGAGCUGCUGCCCUCGUGUGCUUUGGGGGAGGGAGGAGGGGAGGCAGGUGGGGAGAAAGGUGGGAGCGGGCCUCAAUCUAAGCCAACUGUGUUCAUGAGAUACUGCACUCUCGGCGUUGUCACCCCCACCUCCCCUCUCUGCCAUGAAGGGGGAAUGUGGGGCACCCUCCACCCAUGAGAAAAGGAGCUCUCUCCUCCCUCACCCUCUCACCCACCCCUACCCCACCCCCCCACCCCACACACACUCAAUACUCACCUGCUCUUGUCACUUCCGAAGGAAUAGAAUGUUCUUACCUGCCAGUCUCUCCGCUCCACUCACAUCAUCUCCAGUCUCACCCUCCUUUCCCCCUUCCUCUCUUUAUAUUCUCCCCCACCCCACUCACCCCCGUCAUCUCCUUCUGAACUAGAUGCCCCAAGGUCUGUGGUCUGACCAGUUCUCCUUCACAGAAUCACUGUGAUUUAACACACAGAGAGAGAGAGAGAGAGAGAGGGGGGGAGGCAGGGAGACAGGACAGAGAGCACGAUGGAACAGUGCUCGAAUGAGAAAGAAUGUGAAAUACUUUGAGGUGUUUGUGUGUGUGUACGCGUGUGUGUGUGUGUGUGAGUGCACACUCUAAUGUGAAGAGUUUCUAUUUAACGUCAGACCUCUGUGUGUGUGUGUGUGUGCGUGUGUGUGUGUGUGUGCGGGUUUGCUGCCACUAACGCACCUCCUCCCCUGCCCUCUCCACCGGUAGCUUUGACGUAACAUGGGCUGACGUGUAAACAAGGGUCACUUGAGCAUCACGGGUUCUGUAACUGUCUCGAGCGCGUCGGUGAAGCUCACUGAUACAAAGAGGCUCGCGAGAUGGUGACAAGGCCCCAGGUUCCUCCUUCGCUCUGCAUUCAGCCAGACUGGGGCACUGAGAGUGGUGUGUCUCAGUAUCUCGCCAGGUUUCCUGCUACUCUACACACCCCCCUUUCCUCCUUUCCCCUUGCCCUGAGGACAUGUAGGCGUCACAAGGGCAGGAUUGCUCUUGGCUGUGACGGCCACCUUGCUACUCUCCCUCUCUCCGCUGCAGAGCACAGUGACAUCUUAUAUAUAAGAUAUAUAUAUAAGAUACAUCUUGCGACUGAACCUGCACUUUAGUUCUCUCGCUUGCGAUGGGUGGGGGGAGGAGGGCUUACACGUCUCCUUUGAGCCAGUGAAAGCCAACGGGUGUUCUGGUUUGCGGCGUUCCUUACCAGGAUUCCUUCUGAGUUGUACGAACAGGGAAGGAGAUGGCGGGAAACAGAAGCGCGACUGCCAACUGGUCCACCUGUUUCCGGAGCGGGGUUCCUGGGAAUUGAUGUCCUGUUAAAUCCUUCUGGGGGAGGGAGAGGAGGAGGGAGGUAAAUGGGGUCUCCUCACAGCUGAACUGGCUCCAAGGUGAUACGUUAGGCAAAGGGUCGGAAUCAAGCAGCCCUCUGUAUAAUCUCGUUAGACCAGUUCCUGAGCCCCGGCCAGUCCGCAGUGUCCCAGGGCACUCACUGCUGAUGGCAGCUCAGCCCGGC